CUGACUUACCUCUCUCUGUCUCUCUGUCUCUCUCUCUCUCUUUCUUCUAUAUAUCUCUGUCUCCCACACAGGUGAUAUUCUCAGUGUCUGACUCACCCUACUCUUCUGACCCAGCUAAUCUCCCACUCAUCUAGGGGGAGGAGAGGGGAGGCGACAGGGAGAGAAACACUGGGACAGAGAGAGAGAGAGAGAGAGAGAGAGAGAUAGAAACACAGAGAGAGAGGGAGGGAAAACACUGGGAAGAGAGGCAGACAAAUAAAGAAUGAAGGAAUAAAGCAGAAAGAAGGGAGAGAGUGAGUGAGAGAGAGAGAGAGAGAGGGAAACAACAGCGGAACAGACAAGAUAAAGAGAGAUGAAGAAAAAACGAUAACGGGAACGGUUUUUGGACAACCUGCGUGAAAAGAAAAUAAAGAAAGAGGAGGAGCUUAAGGAGACGGACAGAGAGAGGACUAGUCUGAAGUAGUAGACCAUGGUAGAUUUGUUCCUAGGUCGUUCACUAGUAUGUAACAACAGAGACCGUGUUGAGUACGAUACGGAACGGGAGGUCAUCCUCCGUCUCCAGAACCGUAUCCUGCUCCUGUUCUUUGGUUCAGUAGACAGCCAACGGUGCCAGGAGUUCAUCCCCACACUUAAGGACUUCUUCAAGCGUCUAACAGAUGAGUUCUAUGUGGAAUGCUCCGCCCAGUUGGUCCUUCUGUACAUCAGCCUGGACCAAUCAGAGGAGCAGCUGGAGAUCCUCCUCAAAGAGCUGCCCAAGAAAUGCCUGUUUCUGACCCACAAUGACCCCUAUCGCAGGUAUGGGUGGAUGGGGUUGGGUGGGGAGGAGAAAUGCCUGUUCCUAUCCCCGAUGACCCCUAUCGCAGAGCUGGAGUCUAUGUUUGAGGUGGAGGAUGUACCGAGGGUGGUGGUGCUGCGUCCAGACUGUUCUGUUCUAUCUCCCAACGCUGUCUCUGAGAUAAGCAGCCUCGGAACCAACUGCUUCCACAACUGGCAGGAAUCAGCUGAGCUUAUCGACAGGAACUUCAUGCUGAACGAGGAGUUUGAUGACAAAAAGAUGAGGAGCGUGGAGGAGGAGGAGGCCGCCUCAAAUACAAGGUGA